UAAUUUCAUAAAUUCCAGAAUAUCCACUUCCAACAGCCAAACAGUUUUGUCACCGCCUCUAAAAUCCAACAAAAUCCAAGGGCCACUUCUGCAAUUAAUACACAACAAAACCAGGGCCGCUAGGGUUUCAUUCAUCCCAUAUCCUCUCUCUGUCUCUUUCUCUCUCUCUCUCUCUCUCUCUCUCUCCAGUCGCCAUGCCGAAGAACAAGGGAAAGGGAGGAAAGAAUCGCAAGCGGGGUAAGAACGAGGCCGACGACGAGAAGCGCGAGCUGGUAUUCAAGGAAGACGGCCAAGAGUACGCCCAGGUCCUGCGCAUGCUCGGCAACGGGCGGUGCGAGGCCACGUGCAUCGACGGCACCAAGCGGCUCUGUCACAUCCGCGGCAAGAUGCACAAGAAGGUCUGGAUCGCCGCCGGCGACAUCAUCCUCGUCGGACUGAGGGAUUACCAGGACGACAAGGCCGACGUCAUCCUCAAGUACAUGCCCGACGAGGCGAGGCUGCUGAAGGCGUACGGGGAGUUGCCGGAGAACACGAGGCUGAACGAGGGGAUCGCGGGGAUCGACGAGGAGGAGGAAGGGGGUGGUGAUGAUUACAUCGAGUUUGAGGAUGAGGAUAUUGAUAAGAUUUGAGCUUUAGGGUUUUUGUGUUUUCUAAAUAAAUAAGUGGAUGGAUUUGGGUUUUAUUUUAUUUGUAUGGGGAUUUGUUAUGUGUUACUACUACAGUACUAUGUUUAUGAUGAUGGUGUAUGUGAUAUUAACAUCGUGUGUUCGACUUGGGUUGUGCUACGCUGCUCGAGUUGAGUCGAUGUAUCUGGUAUUGCUACUCUCUUUAUUUGAUAAUUGAUACUACAUAGUGGGAAUUGGUCUUU